AUGCUAAAUAUUCGUGAUCCUAGUUACUGGGUGAAGAUUCAUCACUUAGAGUACACAGAUGGUGGAAUCCUCGAUCCAGAUGAUGUCUUGGCAGAUGUUGUUGAAGACAAAGACAAGCUGAUUGCUGUGUUUGAGGAACAAGAACCACCCCACAAGACUGAGAGCCCAGGCGGAAGCGCUGCAGAUUGGCAGAGCUCUGAGGCUUUGGAGACAGAAGUGGCUACAUUUAAACCAAUCGGUGGGGAAAUCGAAGUAACCCCUUCCACUCUGAAGUUAGGCACUCCACUGCUCGUGAGGAGAAGCAGUGACCCAGCGCCUGGGCCACCUGCUGAUGCUCAGCCAAGAGUUGCACACCCCAGUGGCCAGAGUGUGAAACCUGUUGUUUCAGAUUCCACACAGAACUUGGAAGACAGAGAAGUGAUGAAUGGUAUACAGACGGAACUACUAACGUCGCCAAAAAUGAAGGAUACACUGAGUGAUAUGACCAGAACAGUGGAGAUUUCAGGGGAAGGAGGUCCCUUAGGAAUACAUGUAGUGCCCUUCUUUUCAUCUUUGAGUGGAAGGAUCCUAGGACUCUUCAUCCGAGGCAUUGAAGAAAACAGCAGGUGCAAGCAGGAGGGACUCUUUCAGGAAAAUGAAUGCAUUGUAAAAAUCAACAAUGUGGAUCUCGUAGACAAAACUUUUGCUCAGGCUCAAGAUAUCUUUCGCCAGGCAAUGAAAUCUCCAAAUGUGCUCCUCCAUGUGCUUUCACCACACAACCGUGACCAGUAUGAAAAAUCAGUCAUUGGACCUCUUAACAUUUUUGGUAACAAUGAUGGUGUUUUGAGAACAAAAGUGCCACCUCCUGCCCAUGGCAAAUCAGGGCUGAAGACAGUAAAUCUCCCAGGAACAAAUAGUCCUGAAGCAGAUCCAUCAACUUCCCUGCAACAAAGCAAGAGCCCCAGAGUACCAAGAGUAGGAAGAAAGCCUUCCUCUCCCUCACUCUCCCCUCUCAUGGGGCUUGGCAGCAAGAAAAAUGCAAAGAAAAUUAAAAUUGACCUAAAGAAAGGUCCUGAAGGACUUGGUUUCACUGUGGUUACCAGAGAUUCUUCCAUUCAUGGUCCAGGUCCAAUUUUUGUAAAAAACAUCUUACCAAAGGGAGCAGCAAUAAGAGAUGGCCGCCUACAGUCAGGUGACAGAAUUUUGGAGGUCAAUGGCAGAGAUGUCACUGGACGGACACAGGAAGAGCUUGUGGCCAUGCUGAGGAGCACCAAGCAGGGAGACACAGCAUCGCUGGUCAUUGCCCGCCAAGAAGGAAGUUUUCUGCCUCGAGAGCUGAAAGGAGAACCUGACUGUUAUGCACUCUCCCUGGAGACAAGUGAGCAGCUCACGUUUGAGAUCCCCCUGAAUGAUUCUGGCUCCGCUGGCCUUGGGGUGAGCUUGAAAGGGAACAAAGCCCGAGAAACUGGAAUGGACUUGGGGAUCUUUAUCAAAUCCAUCAUCCAUGGAGGUGCUGCUUUUAAGGACGGUCGUCUGCGAAUGAAUGACCAGCUGAUUGCAGUUAACGGGGAAUCUCUUCUGGGAAAGUCUAACCAUGAAGCUAUGGAAACACUUAGAAGAUCAAUGUCUAUGGAGGGAAACAUACGAGGGAUGAUCCAGUUGGUGAUUCUGAGGAGACUAGAGAGACCAAUAGAGGAGAUUGCUGAAUGUGGGGCAUUUUCCAAGCCGUGCUUUGAGAACUGUCAAAAUGUUCUAACCACCUCCAGCCGAAAUGAGACUAGUACAUUGCAUUCCUUUGACAAUUACAGUCCACAAGAUAAACAGAAAGACCUGGUGCUGCCCCAUGAUGAGUGGGCCAAAUGCGAAGUCCCACCUUCCCCACCACCGCGUUCCGGGCUGGAAUUGGACCUUGAAGAUUACAGCCACAGCUCUGGGGUGGAUUCAGCAGUAUAUUUUCCAGAUCAGCACAUCAACUUCAGACCCAUGACACCGGCCAGGCAGUCUGAAUCAAUUAACCUGAAAGCUUCGAAGAGCAUGGACCUCGUACCAGAUGAAAGCAAAGUACAAUCAUUGGCUGGACCUAGACCGGAAUCCCCAAACAAAGACUUUGGCCCAACUCUGGGAUUGAAAAAGUCCAGUUCCUUGGAGAGUCUGCAGACUGCUGUGGCCGAAGUCAGAAAAAAUGAACUCCCUUUCCACAGACCCCGGCCGCACAUGGUCCGAGGCCGGGGCUGCAACGAGAGCUUCAGGGCAGCCAUUGACAAGUCCUAUGACGGACCGGAAGAGCUUGAUGCUGAUGGUCUGUCUGAUAAGAGCUCUCACUCUGGCCAAGGGGCUCUGAAUUGUGAAUCUGCCCCUCAGGGGCAUGCUGAGCUAGAGGACAUGGAGAACAAAGCCAGGAAGGUAAAAAAAAUAAAAGAGAAGGAGAAGAAAAAAGAAAAGGGAAAAUUGAAGGUCAAAGAGAAAAAGCAGAAAGAGGAAAAUGAAGACCCAGAAAGAAAAAUAAAGAGAAAGGGACUUGGAGCCAUGCUGAGAUUCGGCAAGAAGAAAGACGGGAAGAGAGUUGAGGCUGAUCCAAAAGGAGGCCCGAAGCAAGGGAACUCGCAAGAGGAGGAGCUGGAGAAAUGGAAGGGGACCCGUGAAAGGAUUGGAGCAAAACAUCAAGAGCUAAGAGAAAAGCAAGCAAGAGGGCUUCUCGACUAUGCAACUGGAACAAUUGGAUCAAUGCAUGAUAUGGAUGAUGAUGAAGCAGACCCCAAUUAUGCCAGAGUGAACCACUUUCGGGAACCAUGUGCAUCAGCAAAUGUCUUUAGAUCUCCAUCUCCUCCUCGGACUGCACCAUUUGGUUACCCUAGGGAUGGCCGUCCACUGUCUCCAGAGAGAGACCACUUAGAGGGUCUCUACGCCAAGGUCAACAAGUCAUAUCAUCCGCCAGCUCCAGUUGACAGUGGCCGUCCAGGAAACUCUGACCGCAUCCAGAAGCUGCGAAAGGAGUAUUAUCAAGCUCGCAGGGAGGGCUUCCCUCUAUAUGAAGAUGAUGCAGGAAGAUCAAGACCCUCCGAUUAUGAACUUCACUGGGUGUCUGGAAAGAGUCCAGAUGGGAAUGCACACAACCUCCGCUUUGAGGGGAUGGAGAGACAGUACGCAUCCUUACCCAGGGCAGGCCCAGCAGACCCCGUGGACUAUCUGACAGCAGUGCCUCGAGGACUGUACAAGGAAAGAGAGCUUCCAUAUUACCCAGGAGCUCACCCAGCACACCCUCCCAAAGGGGGCUAUGUCCGCCCUCCGGAUCUGAGAGUGACAGACCUCCGCUAUCCUCAGUACUACCCACCGCCGCCACUUCCUCAGCACAAAGGACCCUUCCGACAAGACGUUCCACCUUCUCCUCCUCGGCAACAAAGAGUGCCAGCCUAUCAGGAAAUGGGCAGAGCAGGGCCCCAAGGGGGCAGCCCCGACCGCCCGGCCUACAGAACCCAAGAUCCCCGGCAGAAGAACCCCAUGACUGCAGCUGUAUAGCUGAACUUCACCGUUGCCCCCAGCCUAACCCAGCAAGGAAGAGGUCUUUGCAUUCCCUACACCGCGAGGCCUUCUCUGCAUUAAGAAUUCUCCAUGGCACAGAUUGGCUUUUUCUCACUGAGAGUGCAACACUUGAUGGCAAAUCAGAGAGGAAAAGAGAGCACAGGGGGUAGACUGAGAAGGAAGAGCAAGAAAGGGGUCAUAAAAACAGUACUUCCUGGUGUUUCAAAGUCUGCCAGAAUUGACCGAGCCAGUAAGAGUGGCAACUGAACAACUAGAAGUGGAGCUAAACCAUGUGGUGCCUCCCCAGCUAGCUAGCCUGUGCUCCUGUGUCCCUGCCGGCCACAGAGCUGCCAGUACAAGCAGUCUCCACGGGCAGCUGCGUCAUUCAUAAGCUCAACCACAGCACCCUCUGUGGGGGUGCAGAGAGGCACUGUGUCCGCUCUUCCCCAGUAGCCUGCACUUGUGCUGUGAGCUGUAUUUCUUUUCCUAAUCUGACUUGGCCCAAACGUGCUCUGCAGAGCAUGCUUCUUUUUCUACCUUUAGUACAAUUUUGCUAUCAUAAAAAAAAUUAAAAAAAAAAA